UGCAUCAUCUCAGUGAUCAAUAAGCAUCGCUUUCAUUGUUAACGGUCUAAUAAAGGUUAAGAAAAUAUGGCUUCUCUACUUAAUUACUUAAACACGACAACAAUUUGAACAAAAACAUUGGUUAGAUUAGGAACAAAAGGCAAAUUGGUCAACAAUCAAAUGACAUCACGUUUCGAGCUCGAUGAGGCCAUUCUAAGUGAUGUUCCUCUUGAUGCGCUGUCAGUUUUUCAAAGACGGCCACUCCCGGACGAUGACAUACUGAAUGUUGUGGGAGCUGAUUACACCAUCCGUAAGCGCCGCGUUUGGGCUCCGGAGGAGGAAGAUUCUCUCGCAUCGGAAGACAUAGACCUACUGGAUGACGAUGACGAACUGGAAGAAGAGGAAGACGACGGAGUCGGCUGUCCGUUGCCUUCCACCCCGGAGGAUACUCAGUUGCUGGAAGCAGAAAUGACGGAGGUGUUAAAGGCGGGUGUACUCUCGGAUGAAAUCGACCUUGGAGCCUUAGCUCAUAACGCUGCCGAACAGGCGGAAGAGUUUGUCCGUAAAGUGUGGGAAGCAUCGUGGAAGGUGUGCCAUUUCAAGCAUCUACCAUCAUGGUUGCAAGACAACGAUUUCCUACAUAAAGGUCAUCGACCGCCGCUGCCCUCCUUCAGCGCUUGCUUUAAGUCGAUUUUUCGUAUCCAUACCGAAACCGGCAACAUUUGGACUCACCUACUAGGAUGUGUAAUGUUUAUCGGGGUGGCAACAUAUUUCAUGACGCGGCCAUCAUUUGAAAUGGAACUCCAGGAAAAAUUGAUUUUCAUGGCGUUCUUCGUCGGUGCGAUAGUUUGUCUCGGAUUUUCGUUUGUCUUCCACACGCUUUGUUGCCACUCAGAGAUGGUUGGCAAGCUUUUCUCCAAACUAGACUAUUGCGGAAUCGCACUACUAAUCAUGGGUUCAUUCGUACCCUGGUUAUACUAUGGAUUCUAUUGUCACUACAAGCACAAACUGAUAUAUCUGACGGUUGUUAUUGUACUUGGAAUGACAUCAAUCAUCACUUCUUUGUGGGAUAAAUUUUCACAACCGAAUCUCAGACCAUUGCGUGCAGGAGUCUUCAUGAGCUUCGGUCUAUCCGGUAUUAUUCCAGCCAUUCAUUACGUCCUGAUGGAGGGUUGGUUUAGUAAAAUAUCUCAGGCCAGUCUCGGAUGGCUGAUUCUUAUGGGACUGCUGUAUAUCUUAGGUGCUCUAUUCUACGCACUUCGGGUGCCCGAGCGAUGGUUUCCUGGAAAAUGUGAUAUUUGGUUUCAAUCACAUCAAAUUUUCCAUGUCCUGGUAUUAGUGGCCGCGUUCGUACACUAUCAUGGAAUUAGUGAGAUGGCAAUGUACCGAGUUACGGUUGGAGAGUGCGAUAUUCCACAUCAGCAUCCAGCGAUCGGAUUUUGAAACGUUCGCUGGACCGAACAGAGAUGCUACAAAGAAGCAGAUUGUUGAUUGUUUUCUUUCGUCGAAAAUAUAUAUUUUGCAAAUCCUUUUUUGAUAUUUAUAAGUAAAAAAUGUAUUUUUUUUGUUUUCAAUAAUGAAAUAUUAAAUUAGUUUAAUUGAUAAAAAUGGAACAAAUUUUAAAGGAAAAAAAAAAAUUUUUUUUUAUAGUACUAUUUUCAAAUUAAAAAUAUAAACUACUUAGAUAUUAUUUGACGGAUUUCGAAUCAAGCAGAUCGCUUAUGAGUCUUCAUGGAAUCACGAUAAUAUAUGUAAGGGACAUGGCUGAGCCGAGCUUGAACUACUUAGCUCGAUCCAGACAAAUAUUGAAGUAAAAAUGAAACGUUCCCAUGAUAACACCACUUACCGUAAUAUGAAGAUAAUUGUGAAUCCCAAAUAAUUGGCUUAUCAUGCAUCACGUUCACGUACAAGUGUGUUUUAGGAUAGUGCUAAUAACGAAAUUAUAGUAAAUGAGUCUAUAUGGUUUAUUUUCGAAUUAUGGUAACAGAUAAAUAUUUGUGUAAAAUAUAAUUUAUUAUAACUGAUUUCUGGUGAUUCGCCGGUUAUAACAUAACACAAAAUAUCAAUAAAUCUGCAUUAGUGGUAUAACUAAA